AGUUUUGUAACAUUGAUCUCAUUAAUUUCUUUAUCUGCUGGCAAUAUCAUAAUUUGGGGAGUGAUGUUUAUAGGAAGUUCUGCUUCAGAAUAUUCAUUAAUUCUCUUUAUAUUUGAAAUAUAGUUGUUUAUAAUCUGGUUAAAGCCCUAUUGAAAUACUAAUACCAUUGAGCAGGACUACUGAAUUUCCUAGAAAUUUGAUAUUCUGCGAGAUAUAUUAGAAAUACUAUACUAUAACAGUUAGUUGUCGAUAUACCUAGGUGAAUAGUGUUCAAGUUAAAUUUGAGACACCAGUUCGUGGUUAAUUGCGAAAUAAAAAUGAGUUGCCCCGUUGGAUUACACGAUGGUUCACAACUAGGUGACGAAGCGGGUAUGUUGUAUGGGGAUUAUUUGAUGCUGGACAAAAUAUUAACUGCGCAGAGACCACUUGGAGAGCAUAAUGGCGCACCAGUACACGAUGAACAUUUAUUUAUCAUUACUCAUCAAGCUUAUGAACUUUGGUUCAAACAAGUUAUUUGGGAACUGGACUCGAUAAGAAAAAUCUUCAGUUCAAUUGUAGACGAAUCUCAAACUUUGGAUAUUGUUAAAAGAUUGAAUAGAGUGGUACUUAUAUUAAAAGUACUCGUUGACCAAGUAAUGAUAUUGGAAACCAUGACGCCUUUAGAUUUUAUGGAGUUUAGGAACUACUUACGACCUGCAUCAGGUUUUCAAAGCUUACAAUUUAGAUUGCUUGAAAAUAAAUUGGGGGUUACGCAAGAACUUCGAGUGAAAUACAAUCAAAAUUAUGCCAAAGUUUUUGAUCACGACAAGGAAGCUAUUAAGAGAAUUGAACAAUCAGAAAGAGAAGCAUCCUUGAAAGAUUUAGUACAAAGUUGGUUGGAAAGAACACCUGGUUUGGAAGAAGAGGGAUUCAAUUUUUGGGGGAAAUACCAGAAAUCAGUCGAAGGUUCAUUGAAUGAGGAACGAGAAAAGGCAAAUAGAGAAAAAGUAGAAACACUCAGAAAAUACAAAUUGAAUGAAUUGGAAAAACGAGUAGAAGUCUACCAAUCUAUUUUCCGACCUGAAAUCCACAAUGCGCUACUGAGUAGAGGCGAAAGAAGAUUCUCACACAAAGCUCUUCAGGGCGCUAUCAUGAUUACCUUCUAUAGAGAUGAACCACGAUUCAGUCAACCUCAUCAAAUUCUCACUUUGUUGAUGGAUAUUGAUUCUUUGAUCACUAAAUGGAGGUAUAACCAUAUGUUGAUGGUACAGCGAAUGAUUGGUUCUUCUCAAUUAGGCACAGGCGGUUCGUCUGGAUAUCAUUAUUUAAGAUCUACACUAAGUGAUCGCUAUAAAGUAUUUGUAGAUCUUUUCAAUUUAUCUACAUUUUUGGUACCAAGAGCUUAUAUUCCAGUACUGGAUGAAACAAUCAAAAGUCACUUAUGUUAUUGGGGCCCUAUGCAGAAAAUUGAUAAUGGAGUAAUAGAAAAAAGCAGAGACAUCAAAGAAAACGGAAAGAGCACACUACUAGAUUCCAUUUGAUGGAUUAAUAUUAUGAUUUACUUGAUUUUGAUAAAAUUUCUUAAUAAUUAUGUGAAAAAAUAUGGAGAAGAAUAAAUAAUUAUUGUUGAUUAGA